CGUGGUGUCACUGUGGUAGAGCUUACCAAGAGCGAGGGCAGCACACUGGGCCUGACUGUUUCAGGUGGCACCGACAAGGAUGGGAAGCCCAGGGUCUCCAGCCUCAAGCCUGGGGGGCUCGCGGCCAGCUCCGGAGAACAACCCCAGGAUCAUCUCGAAGACAGUGGAUGUCUCCCUCUACAAGGAGGGCAACAGCUUCGGCUUUGUCCUCAGAGGAGGCACGCACGAAGACCUGCACAAGUCCCGCCCGCUCGUCCUGACACAUGUGCGGCCAGGGGGGCCAGCUGACAGGGAGGGCUCCCUGAAAGCAGGAGACCGGCUGCUCAGCGUGGACGGCAUACCACUGCAUGGGGCUAGUCAUGCCACCGCCCUGGCCACCCUGCAGCAGUGCGGCCAUGAGGCACUCUUCCGGGCAGAGUAUGAUGUGGCCGCCCCAGACUUGGUGGCUGGGGUGACCGGGCCACUGGUCGUGGAGAUUGUGAAGACGCCAGGCUGUGCCCUGGGCAUCUCACUCACUGCUGGCUGCCACCGGAACAAGCCAGUCAUCACGAUUGACCGCAUCAAGCCAGCCAGUGUGGUGGAUAGGAGCGGGGCCCUGCGUGCGGGAGACCACAUCCUAUCCAUUGAUGGCACCAGCACAGAACGCUGCUCCCUGCAAGAUGCCACCAAGUUGCUGGCGAGUGUGGCAGAGAAAGUGCGGCUUGAGGUCCUGCCCUCACCACAGAGCCGGUGGCCCCUACAGCCUGUAGAUGCAGCCCUGUCCUCCAGCCCUUUCUCCUCACCACCUGUGGACCACACCUCUCCACGCAUGCACCCCAGUACCCUGCCCCGGGGCCCACCACCUGGGAGCCCACGCACCACUCCGGGACACAGGUGGCCACGCAGGAGGGAGCACAGGAGCUCACUGUCCCUGGCGUCUAGCAUGGUGGGGCCAGGUGGGCAGAUUGUGCAUGUGGAGACCACAGAGGUGGUGCUGUGCGGGGACCCUCUCGGCGGUUUUGGCCUCCAGCUCCAGGGUGGCAUUUUUGCCACUGAGACCCUGUCAUCCCCACCCCUCGUGCGCUUCAUUGAACCUGACAGCCCAGCAGAGAGGUGUGGGCUGCUUCAGGUGGGUGACCGAGUCCUGGCCAUCAACGGUGUUGCCACGGAGGAUGGAACCAUGGAGGAGGCCAACCAGCUGCUUCGGGAUGCUGCACUGGCCCGCAGGGUGGUGUUGGAGGUGGAGUUUGAUGUGGCGGAGUCCGUUGUGCCAAGCAGUGGCACCUUCCACGUGAAGUUGCCCAAGAGGCGUGGUGUGGAGCUGGGCAUCACCAUCAGCUCGGCCAGCAGGCGGCGUGGCGAGCACCUCAUCAUCUCGGACAUCAAGAAGGGCAGCGUGGCACACAGGACCGGCACCCUGGAGCCGGGCGACAAGCUGCUGGCCAUCGACAAUGUGCGGUUGGACGACUGCCCCAUGGAGGAGGCCGUGCGCAUCCUGCGCCAGUGCGAGGACCUGGUGAGGCUGAAGGUCCGCAAGGACGAGGACAACUCCGAUGAGCAGGAGGCCACGGGCGCCGUGAGCUACACCGUUGAGCUGAAGCGCUACGGGGGCCCGCUGGGCAUCACCAUCUCAGGCACCGAGGAGCCCUUCGACCCCAUCGUCAUCUCGGGCCUCACCAAGCGCGGGCUGGCUGAGAGGACUGGUGCCAUCCAUGUGGGGGAUCGCAUCCUGGCCAUUAACAAUGUGAGCCUCAAGGGCCGGCCACUGAGUGAGGCCAUACAUCUGCUGCAGGCCGCUGGAGAGACUGUCACACUGAAGAUCAAGAAGCAACUGGAGCGCCCACUCGCGCCCCUCAAGUCGGGCAGUGUCAGCGAGGCCAGUGACAUUGAAGAGGACCCACCUGAGGCCCUGAAGGCCGGUGCGCUGGCCACCCGCUUUCUGUCUGCAGUGUGCAGUGUGGACAGCGCUGUGGAAUCCUGGGACAGCUUGGCUACUGAGGGUGGAUUUGAGGGCCCAGGUGCCUACACCCCGCAGGUGGCCAUCCAGGGAGCAGCCCCCCAGCAGCGGCGACAUAGUAGGCUGCGGGGCAGUCCCCCACCUGGGGAGCCCCGGAGGACGAGCUACACCCCGGGCCCUGGCGAGCAGUCCUUCCUUGAGGAUGUGGACAAUGACUGGGGGUCACCCGCGAGCCCUGUCCCUGUCCCCGGCUCCAGUCAAGAAAGGGGCUUCUGGCCAGCGCUGGGAGAGGCCCUGGAGGACCUGGAGUCCUGCGGUCAGUCAGAGCUGCUCAGGGAACUGGAGGCUUCCAUCAUGGCAGGCACCCUGCCCAGCACGGUCCUGGAGGGCAGACCUGGGUCCCGGGCCUGGAGGGGCACACGGGAGCCCCGUGCAUCUGCAGAGGAACUGCGUGAGCUGCUGCUCCCCACCGCCCUGGAGAUGCACAAGGUGAUGUUGCACCGAGACCGCACACGGCAUGAUUUUGGUUUCAGCGUGUCUGACGGCCUCCUGGAAAGGGGUGUCUACGUGCACACUGUGCGCCCUGGUGGGCCAGCCCAGCAUGGGGGCCUGCGGCCCUUUGACCGGGUCCUGCAGGUCAACCAUGUCCGCACACGGGACUUUGACUGCUGCCUGGCAGUGCCGCUCCUGGCUGAGGCGGGUGAUGUCUUGGAGCUAGUGAUCAGCAGAAACCCGCUAGCACCGGGCAGCCAGGCACCGAAGACACCUGGUCCCCAAAGCCCCCGGAUGCUCUAAAGCCAGGGAGAUCUUGACAUUGGGGUGCUGGGGACCUCUGUGGGACUGUCUGAAGAUAAGAGAACCCCACUGUGCAUCUGUCAAGCUGGCAGACCCCGUCUGUUCUCCGGUCCUGUGGCAGACAAGGUGUCUGGGGUGAGGUCCCUGCCUCAGCUGGAGUGACAUCUGGAGCCCUCCCACAGGCUCAGCCAGGAAGAGAGGCCCCUGGAGAAGCUGUGUAGGGAGCAGCCAGGAACCUCCAGGGAGAGAGCUCCCAGUCACAGCUGAACAAGCCAGUGCUGGACAUCAGUGCAGUUGGAGGCCAGCCGAGAUGUGGUCCACAUGGGCUCAGGGUCAGCUUCCUGAUGGAUCCACUGCAUCAGAGACCCUGCACCCAACUCGGGGCUGGGCUUCCUGCUCUGGGCCUGAAGCAGGGCACUGGAAGUCAGUGUGUGACUCUCUCAGAAUCUGGAACUUGAGAGGGAUUUUGGUCCCAGGGUGACUUGGCACCAGGCUGUGGGUGCCCCUCCUGCCUGUGUCACCCUUUGUGUGGGCAGGAGCCUCUGGGGACAAAAGAUGGGGAGGUUCUGGUGAGUCAUCUGCCCCCUGGAGGAGGACUGGGAAAUGGCGAAGACUCAGUGCUUAUUGGUGAAGGUGCUGCUUUUUCAGGCCCAGUGCAGAGUAAGCAGCUAAGAACAAGCAAAAGGAGCCCUUUUCAUUUUGAGAUGAGCAUGGGGCGGGGCUGCUAUGGAACAGCUCAGCCUUACCUGGUUCUGUGAGAGUCUCAGGAGGGCAGGGUGCCCAUACCAUCUUCACCACCCAACCCAAGAGCCCAGAACUCAUUUCCUCUGUGGGGACAGGUGGGGUCAUAGGUUCAGUCCCUGACUGAGUGACCCCCUAGUCACAUUCUAUGCUAGAUAGUUGAGGCAGAAGUCUCUGAACAGUUAUCUGCUUCCAGUCACAGCCAGGACCUCGCUCUGUACCCCCAACUUCUAACCUGAUUUCCAAGUGCACCUGAGGGUCCUUUACACCUGCAGCCAAUUGCCUAGGGCUCAGCUGGACACCCACACCAGGGGACAGGGAAUUGCAAGGGGCACUGAACAAAAAGCUAGAAGCCCCCUUGAGGGCUGCGAUGUCAGCUCGGGCAGGUGGCUCAGCUUCCUGAGGGACAAGGGGGACAUGCUCUCAGGGCUGGUGGCAGUGUGGGGACACUGCUAGGAUGCUGCCUUAGGCUCAGGGCAAGGGAGGAUGUGUCCCUCACUGGCUGCCCCGUGGUCCUCCAGACACAUGCAACUGGCCCCCAGCGGGUAGGGCUUCCGCUGAGGCCAGUGGCCUUUCCUCCUCGUAUGCAAUUCCCUGCUUCUCUGGGCCAUCCUGGUCAUUCCCCGCCCUCCCCAGCAUCCUGCCUGCUAUGCACUUGGGCACUGCCGUGGCCCAUCCCAUCCCAAAGCUGUAUUUUUCUGUGGCUGGGAUUAGAGCAGAUCCCUUGUAAAGUAUUUUUGUACUCAGUUUCUUAGGGCUCUGGGAAGCACAGCUCACCUGGCUCAGGCCAUCUGGGGGUUAUGUGCUAACCGUGGGGCAGUGCUGUUGAGUGACUUUUUAAAAUAAAAUUAUUCAGUGCACCUGGAUAGGUAACUGCUU